UUUUCUCCUGACUCAGCAUUUCCUGGAAAAAUGGAUCAUUCCCAUCAUGCAGGGAUGAGCUAUAUGGACAACAAUACUAUGUCACCCUCUCACCAUCACCCGACCACUUCCGUCUCCCACUCACAUGGCGGAGGAAAUGAUAACAUGAAGAUGAUGCCUAUGACCUUCUACUUUGGCUUUAAGAAUGUGGAACUAUUGUUUUCUAGAGUGGUGAUCAAUACAGCUGGAGAAAUGGCUGGAGCUUUUGUGGCAGUGUUUUUACUGGCAAUGUUCUAUGAAGGACUCAAGAUAGCCCGAGAGAGCUUGUUACGCAAGUCACAAGUGAGCAUCCGCUAUAAUUCCAUGCCUGUCCCAGGGCCAAAUGGAACCAUCCUUAUGGAGACACACAAAACUGUUGGGCAGCAGAUGCUGAGCUUUCCUCACCUCCUGCAGACAGUGCUGCACAUCAUCCAGGUGGUCAUCAGCUACUUCCUCAUGCUCAUCUUCAUGACCUACAACGGGUACCUCUGCAUCGCUGUGGCCGCAGGGGCCGGCACAGGGUACUUCCUCUUCAGCUGGAAGAAGGCAGUGGUAGUGGACAUCACUGAGCACUGCCAUUGACAUCAGACUCCAUGGUGUGGCCUUGCUGCAAUGGGAAGCAGCUCCGAGACUGGAAGACAGGACUCCUGCUCCAGUCACCCCUUCUUGCUCCU